AUGGCGACCGAAACCGACACUCUCUCAUUCUCGUUACCCACGAGUACCGCCCCUACCGACGUUUCUGAAUCUACAUGCAUGCCUCACUCGACUCCCUUUUGCCAACCCUCGGAAUGCCCAGCACAGAACAAACCGGCCGAGUGGGAUACAAGAAUACCACCGCUGCAACCUACCGCGCAGUCACAAGAUUCUGGAUCAGGAAGUGGUUGUUUCAACGAUGGGGGUCUUUUAUAUAGAGUUCAGGCUGAGCGUGAAUGUCGAGAGGGACCUGGCAAAACCGUUGAAGAGGCUUGCCAACGCUCUCUGAACCACUUCCCAUGCCCUGGACUCGCCUUUCCGAUGCCAGCCCUCGAUUUUGACUUUCGAAUCGCUGUUCGUUUAAAUCAAGAGGCUGUUCAUGUUGACUCCGGCAACACCAAGGAGAUCACUACCGUAGCAGCCGGAGUAUGGUCCGGAUCUUUUGGCCACGGCCGCGUCAUUGCAGGCGGAUAUGAUCUUGGCCAGGCACGCGGUUUUAGGCCCAUGAGGCUUGUUGAGGGCGCCUUUGUCGUCCAGACAAGUGAUGAACAGCCCGCGCUAUCUGGAUUUAACUCAUUCGUCAGACUUGAAAUGCGCACUCGCGGUUCUCUUUCAGGACCUGCAGAUGUUCUCGACACUCUAUUAAGCCCUCGGGCCCCCAAGGAUAUUGACCCACGACGAUAUGGAUUCCGCAUGUUCGCGACGUUCAAAACAUCCGACAAGCGUUACGCCGAAAUCGUCAACUGUGGAUUGUGGGUGGCCAGUGGUGCCUGGCGUGGCGAGCACUUGGUUAUCGAGUAA